AAAAGCAGCGCACUCGUUUCACUCUCUGCAGAGCGAUCAUGGCGUCGGCUGCUAUCUUGGUCUUCUUCUUCGUCUUAAACCUAGCUUGGCUUCAAGUGUUCGCCGGAGUGGUGAUGGGGGAGGGCUACACAGUCACGACGGUGAUCGACGGCCACAAACUCGGUAUCAACCCUUACUCGGUGCUGGCUCGGCCUGGUUCGUCCGAUGUUCUCGUCCUUGAUUCAUCCGGUAGUGCCUUCUACACCGUAUCAGUCCCCUUAUCCAAAUCCCAAGAGAGCGUGGUUAAGCAGCUCGCCGGCGGCGGCGGGGAGGGCUAUUCCGACGGCGAGUCGGUGUCGGCGCGGUUCAGGAAGCCGAGGGGGUUUGCCGUGGACCGGAAAGGGACUUUGUUUGUUGCUGAUAGGAGUAAUAAUGUGAUAAGGAAAAUAAGCGCCUCAGGUGUGAGUACCGUUGCUGGAGGUCACUCACUGAAGCUUGGGCACGAGGACGGUCCUGCGCAAAACGCAACGUUUAGUUCGGAUUUCGACUUGGCUUUUGAUUCGGAUAGGUGUGCGCUUUUGGUCUCUGAUCGUGGGAAUCAGUUGGUGCGGUUGAUUGGUCUUAAACCGGAGGACUGUGCCAGGAGUUCUCCGCAAUCCGGGCUUGGAUCAGUUUCGAUGUGGAUUAUGGGUCUGGGAUUGUCGUGUUUUGUGGGGAUUCUGGUUGGACUUGUAGUUCGGCCUUAUAUCAUACCUUAUGAGGGCAACAACCGGCUCGGAUUCAACGUGACAUGGAAGCGAUGCCAAAUCAAUCUGGGGAAGCAAGCACGGACAAUUUGCUUCGCCAUCAAAAGCGCAACUGCUAGCUACUCCACCCCUGUUUUGUCUCUGCUGAGGCGGCUCUUUUGGUUGUCCAUCUCACAAAUUUCUCUUAUGUUUAGUAUUAGCAGUGAGGAGUCACGAGUUUCGAGGAAGGAUGUGUGUCUUUGCUCGAUCUCGAUGUCAAUAACAGUAGUAGUUCUGUGAUAACUGAGUCGUCCAAGUAUGUGGAUCAGUUGAAAGACUUGAUGCUUGUAGAUGGAAGCAUGAAUUUUUCUGCCUCAGAUAGCCGGGUGCCGAAGCACAAUGAUGAUGCAGGAAGGAGUGAUGUAUUGUCUGGUUGCCAUGGAGGAAUAGAAGGCAUGAUAGACAUUAAUAUUAUGGGAUUUGUGGAUGGGGCUUCGGGAGGCAGUUCAGGUUUAGUUAAGAGGAGAUGAAUUGUGAACUGCUGUAGAACUCAUCGUUGUAUAUAUGUUUAUCUGGGAGUUGUGAGCGUGA